CUCCAUUUAAUUCGUCACACCGACUCCGUCGUUGAUGAUUGCGGUCGGCCACCGCGACACCGCCUUCGGAGGCUUUCUCGUUGCGUCUCUAAUUUCGCGAGGGUUUAAUCUUCCCUUCCCGUUUUGGAGGUGGAUUCGAGAGGGAGGCUAGUUCUAGGGUUUUCAGAGCAUGGAGGGGGCGAGGAAUGGCGGUGGCAGGAGGAGGUGGCGGUGGGGUUGGGUCGUUGGGGCGCUGAUUGCCGUCCUCCUCGCCACGGCCGCGACCUCCAGGAACUCCCCCAGGAACCCGCUCUCCGGGAUCACCAGCAAGCUCUGCCAAUGCACCGAGUCGAGGAAGUACACCGGCAUUGUGGAGGACUGUUGUUGUGACUACGAAACCGUAGAUUCCCUUAAUAAGGAAGUGUUACAUCCCAUACUACAGGAUCUUGUCACUACCCCGUUCUUUCGGUAUUUUAAGGUCAAAUUAUGGUGUGACUGCCCAUUCUGGCCUGACGAUGGUAUGUGCCGUCUUCGGGAUUGCAGUGUCUGUGAGUGUCCAGAAAGCGAGUUUCCAGAGCCUUUUAAAAAACCUUUUCAUGGGCUUUCUGCUGAUGAUCUAAUAUGUCAAGAGGGAAAACCACAGGCUACUGUUGAUCGCACUCUGGAUAAUAAGAUUUUCAGAGGGUGGAUUGAAGUUGACAAUCCAUGGACUUAUGAUGAUGAGACUGAUAAUGCCGAGAUGACAUAUGUGAACCUUCAGCUUAAUCCUGAGCGCUACACUGGUUACACUGGCCCUUCAGCUAGGCGGAUAUGGGAAACUAUAUAUACAGAAAAUUGCCCAAAAUAUCCAUCAGGAGAAUUUUGUCAGGAGAAAAAGGUCUUGUACAAGCUGAUUUCAGGAUUGCAUUCUUCCAUCUCGGUUCACAUAGCUUCUGAUUAUCUCCUUGAUGAAACUGACAACUUGUGGGGUGAAAAUCUUGAGUUGUUGUAUGAUCGAGUACUGAAGCACCCAGAGCGUGUGAGAAACUUGUACUUCACCUUUUUGUUUGUUCUCCGGGCAGUUACAAAGGCUCCAGAUUAUUUAGAACAGGCUGAGUAUAACACAGGCAACUUAGAAGAAGAUCUUAAAACACAAUCAUUAGUGAGGCAACUAGUCUACAAUCCCAAAUUACAAACUGCUUGCCCACUGCCAUUUGAUGAGGCCAAACUCUGGCAAGGUGAGAGUGGGCCUGAACUGAAGCAGCAAAUUCAGAAGCAAUUCAGAAAUAUCAGUGCGUUGAUGGAUUGUGUUGGAUGUGAGAAAUGCCGCCUUUGGGGGAAACUUCAGAUUCUUGGUCUGGGCACAGCUUUGAAGAUUCUGUUUUCUGUUGAUCACCAAAACUAUAUUAAUCAGCAGCUGCAGCUCCAACGAAAUGAAGUAAUUGCUCUGAUGAACCUUCUAAAUAGGCUGUCGGAAUCUGUUAAAUUUGUCCAUGACAAGGGGCCAUAUGCUGAGAGAAUCGUGGGAGGGAAGAUUUCUUCUCCUACCAGCAAGAACAGCUUAUAGACAGCAAUAGUUCUAGCUAUUUUAAAUGCUGAUUAUAUGACAGUUUUGGAUACGUGAAUUUUUUGGACCACAUUAUAGUGGUGAUGAGAGCUGCCUAUUUAUAGUUUUUGGGGUGAUCCUGGGGAGAUCUACCACCUUUCUUUGCGGUAGAUGACUCCGACGCAGAAAGAAACAAAGAUGUAGAGAUGCUCCACAGAAGAUCGAUACAAGCAUUCAUCUCAAUCGAGAGCUAUGAUGUGUGACUUGCUAAAUCGAAGUACUGUAACUUGCAUGAGACUUUCAAGCUUAUUGUACUGUGUACAAACGAUUACCCCAAACAAACUGCUAAAUUAUACUAGGUUUUCUGGAACUUCAAAGCAAUUGUUCUUGCUCUGGA